AUGGUUCAUACUAUACGAAUUUCGGCUUAUGAUGAAUUUGACGGAACUGUUAAUAAAAUUGUUCAAGAACGCAAAGGACAAAACAUUUUUGUCCUUUUAUUCGGUACUGAAAAUCCAGAUACCGGAAAAUCGUGGUGUCCAGAUUGUGUAAAAGCUGAUCCUUUAAUCCGUAAACAUCUUGAAGAAGAUGCGCCUGUUAAUUCCGUAUUAAUUGAAGUUCCUGUUGGAACAAGAGAAGAAUAUAAGGGCAGACCUGAUAAUCCUUAUAGGCUUCAUCCAAGAAUUCAAUUAAAAUCCAUUCCAACAUUAAUCAAAUGGACCGAAAAUGUUGAAACCGACAAAAGAUUGGUAGAAGAAGAAUGUGCACGCGAUAAUUUAUUGAGCGCAUUUUUUUCGGCUUAA